GUGACUCCUUGUCUCCUUUCCAAGAUGGCUGCGUCCAUAGUGCGGCGCUUGUGGCCUUUGGUGGCUGGUCGGGGCCUGCGGCUCCGGGGAAGCUGCGUCUGCAACCAAAGCCCAAGAAGUUUCGCCACAGAGAGACAAGACCGGAACCUCCUGUACGAGCACGCGCGUGAGGGCUACAGCGCGCUCCCUCAGCUGGACAUGGAGCCGCUGUGCGCAUACCCGGAAGAGGCCGCGCGCACCCUGGAGCUCCGCAAGGGGGAGCUGCGGCCGGAUGAGCUGCCCGCGAUCAUCUCGACAUGGCAGGAGCUGAGGCAGCUGCGGGAGCAGAUCCGGAAGCUGGAGGAGGAGAAGGGGGCCGUGGCUGAGACAGUGCGGGCCCUGGUGGUAAACCAGGACAACAAUCAAGUGCAGCAGGACCCCCAAUAUCAGAGUCUGCGGGCACACGGCCGGGAGAUCCGGAAGCAGCUCAUGCUCCUGUACCCUAAGGAGGCCCAGCUCGAGGAGCAGUUCUACCUGCGGGCACUAAGGCUACCCAACCAGACCCACCCAGAUGUGCCCAUCGGGGACGAAAGCCAGGCCCGAGUGCUCCAUGUGGUCGGAGACAAGCCAGCUUUCUCCUUCCAACCCCGGGGCCACCUGGAAAUAGCCGAGAAGCUUGACAUCAUCCGUCAGAAGCGCCUGUCCCACGUGUCUGGCCACCGCUCCUAUUACCUGCGCGGGGCUGGGGCCCUCCUGCAGCAUGGCCUGGUCAACUUCACACUCAACAAGCUCAUCCACCGGGGCUUCACCCCCAUGACGGUGCCAGAUCUGCUCCGAGGAGCUGUGUUUGAAGGCUGUGGGAUGACACCAAAUGCCAAAACAUCCCAAAUUUACAACAUCGACCCCUCCCGCUUUGAAGACCUCAAUCUGGCAGGGACAGCAGAGGUGGGACUUGCAGGCUACUUCAUGGACCACUCCGUAGCCUUCAGGGACCUGCCAGUCAGGAUGGUUUGUUCGAGUACCUGCUACCGGGCAGAAACAGACACGGGGAAGGAGCCCUGGGGGCUGUAUCGAGUGCACCACUUCACCAAGGUGGAGAUGUUUGGGGUGACAGGCCCUGGGCUGGAGCAGAGCUCGCAGCUGCUGGAGGAGUUCCUGUCCCUUCAGAUGGAGAUCUUGACAGAGCUGGGCUUGCACUUCCGGGUCCUGGACAUGCCCACCCAGGAGCUGGGCCUGCCCGCCUACCGCAAGUUCGACGUCGAGGCCUGGAUGCCGGGCCGAGGCCGCUUCGGCGAGGUCACCAGUGCUUCCAACUGCACGGACUUCCAGAGCCGCCGCCUCCACAUCAUGUGCCGGACGGAGGCCGGGGAGCUGCAGUUUGCCCACACGGUGAACGCCACGGCCUGUGCUGUCCCCCGCCUCCUCAUCGCCCUCUUGGAGAGCAAUCAGCAAAAGGACGGCUCGGUGCUCGUGCCCCCUGCCCUCCAGCCCUACCUCGGCACUGAUCGGAUCAGGACCCCCACCCACGUGCCUCUCCAGUACAUCGGCCCCAACCAGCCCCAGAAGCCCAGGCUCCCGGGCCAGCCCGCCUCGAGCUGAGGACUUAUCCUUGUUGGCCAGUAGGGUUGUCACUGCUUCCUGGAGCUCAGGGGUCCCUGGGACCUAUUGUCCUGAGCCCGUCCCGACAUCUGCCUUCAUCAUAUCAGCUGCCUGCCUGGGCCCCUGGGCUCCAGCGUCCACCUCUCCUACGCACCUACUUCCUCAGGGUCAGUCAGUGACCCUGUGGUCUUUGGGGGUCCCAGCCUGCACUGGGAAGCAGGAUGUCUGGAGACUUGGAGGUUCUAGGGAUGGGGGAAGGAGAGGGAGAGGACGCCUCCAUCCCUCCUUCUUCCCUCCCUCAGUGCUUAAGAGAACGUCCCCCAAUAAAUGGUCAGAAC